AUGCGAGCGCGCGUCCUGCGACUCAUAUCAAAGCGCGACAACUGGCGCUGCAUAUCAGUCAAGGUGAUCGCGCGCGCAUCCGUGCUGCAGCACUCCAAGCACAAGGUGAUAUCCAUUGAAGAGCACACGCACGACGGCGGCCGGCGCGACGCCGGGCCCGGCCCCGCCGGCAGCAACACAGUGGUCGCGCUGCCGGGCGACGCGGACGGGCUCAAGCGGUACCUGGUCAAUGAACUGGAAGGCGUCGGGCCGGCGACCGCCGAGAAAAUCGUCGAGGCGUUCGGGGUGGAGGCUCUCGGGCAGGUGCUGUCCGGCGCCGACUGCGCCAGCCGGCUGGCCCAGGAGGCCGGCGUGCGGCCGAAUCUAGCAGAAGAUAUUGCGAGGCAGUGGAAGCGCAAGAUCGAGUUCUACGGUGAGAGGGAGCUGGCGGCCAUGAUCCGCCUGACGGCCGACAUCCACCUCACGCCUAAGCGGGUCGACGCCGUCAGAGCCAAGUUUGGGAGCGCAGUGGCGGCCAUGGAGGCGUUCUCAAUAAACCCAUGGGGAGCCGCGCGCUCGGCCGGCCUCAGUUGGCUGGCUGGCGAGCAGGUCGCAGAAGCCUUGGGCCGCGAACCUGGCAGCAAGGACCGCGGCCGCGAGGCGCUCGUCCACGCGCUGGGGCUGGCGGGCAACGACGGCCACACGGGCCUGCCCUGGCGAGAGCUCAUGCAGGAGACCCUGGAUCUCAUGCGAACCACCGGCCGGCCGUGGCCCGAGGACGCGGCGCCGCUCGCUGGCUGCGCGGGGCAGCUGCGCAAGGCGGGCCGUCUGGUCGUCGAGCGCCCCGACUCGCUGGCGCAGACGGAGGGCGGCCUACCGUGGGACACGGCGGAGCGGCGGGACGCGCUGCGGCGUCAGGCCGCCGAAAAGAUCCAUCCGGAUGACUGGUGA